GUUACAAAAUUACGUGAUUCCGAUUAAAUACCAUUUCAAUUCAGUGUGUAACUACACUUCAAUUUCUCCAUUAUAUAUUUAGGUAUUAUAAAAUCAGUUUGGCAACACUCAUUUUAUUAUAUACCGUGUUUGUUUCUGUGAUUCGUAUCAGGUGGGCGAUAUAUCAGAAGAGGAAGACUUGUAGUGGACGUACAAAUCAGCUGAUUCUGUUUUUAGGUGCAAUACAAGUAUUAUGCGAAGGCUUUACCUAACGGACAGGCACUUAAGAGUAAUGUUAUGGUGCAUUUUACUGGUACUGCAACCAGCUUUCGCCGGAAUUCUCGACCCUUUCAAUUGGGCUCGUUCCGAUCGGAUUGAAGUGAACAUACCAUGGUUGCCUUUUGAAAAUGAAACAAGAUGUUACGACGAAUUGGGUUGCCUAAAUAUAACCCGUAGUUGGUAUCAUCUUAUUCACCGACCAUUUAAUGUCUUCCCAUUGCCUAGAGUCGUCAUUAACACCAGAUUCAUCUUAUAUACGAAAAAGAAUCCAACUGAUGGCCAAAUACUAAACGUAAAUGCUAACAAAACUAUAGCGAAAUCAAACUUUAGUCCUCAACGCCUGACUAAAAUGAUUAUUCACGGGUUCAUUGACACGCCGCUCUCUAAUUGGGUUAGCGAGAUGAAAGAUGAAUUGGUGAAAGCAGGUGACUUUAAUGUGGUCGUAGUGGACUGGGCCGGAGGUAGUCUACCACUUUACACACAGGCCACCGCGAAUACAAGGCUAGUAGGUCUCGAAGUUGCACACUUUGUGAACACAUUGCAGAAAGAACAUGGACUCAAUCCACUAGAUGUGCAUAUCAUAGGUCAUUCACUAGGCGCGCACACGGCAGGCUACGCUGGAGAGAAAAUCCAGGACUUAGGAAGAAUUACCGGACUCGAUCCGGCCGAGCCUUACUUUCAAGGAAUGCCAACCCACGUUAGGCUGGACCCUACAGAUGCUCAACUAGUAGAUGUUAUACACACAGAUGGAAAAAGCAUUUUUCUUUUAGAUUUUGUAUUUAUGGCAGGAUACGGAAUGUCGCAACCGGUGGGUCACCUGGAUUUCUACCCGAACAAUGGAAAAGAGCAACCGGGUUGUGACUUAACUGAAGGACCGCUAAUUCCACUUACCUUGGUAAAACAGGGGCUAGAGGAAGCUUCUAGAGUUCUUGUUGCAUGCAACCAUGUCCGAGCUAUUAAGCUCUUUACAGAAUCUAUCAAUGGAAAAUGUCCUUAUAUCGGACAUCAGUGCCCGUCGUAUCAACAUUUCGUAUCAGGAAAGUGUUUCCAUUGUGGUCAUGGUUGUGCUAUAAUGGGAUUUCAUGCAGAUAGUUCGCCUGGUUUAAUUACAAAUAAAAAUAAUCAAACAGAAAACGAAGUUUAUCCCUCUGAAGAACAAGAUACAAUUGGUGCGAAAUAUUAUCUUAGUACGGGGAAGGAACUGCCAUUUUGUCAGCGCCAUUACAAGGUAGUCGUCCAUUUGGCGAACCCUAAAGGUGCAGAAUCAUGGGUGCAGGGUUUUUUGAAAGUAACGCUAUUAUCUGAUAGAGGAGUUAUAAGAGGAAUGGAUCUCACUCCAAACAACUACGUAAAAUUAGAACAUGGAACGUCGUACACAACUGUAGUUACGAAUCCUAUGGAUUUAGGCGGAAAAGUUAGAAAAGUGGAGUUGUCGUGGGAGUACGAUAUGAAUGUACUAGAGCCGCGAUCACUUUGCAUUUUAUGGUGUAAUGACCGCCUUUACGUCAAAUCUGUCCUUGUCGAUCAGAUGGAACUACCGAGCAGAGGUAAACGAAAUGUUGACUUCAGCAGUAAGCUGUGUACCCCAAAACGGGAAUUCGCCGAAAUACCCAAUCGAGGCUCCGCAAGUUUCUACGACAACUGCAACAGUUAGUCGUGCCAUACGUUUGAAUGUUCUAUAAUUGAACGGGACAUGUGUUACUGUAUGGAAACUUUAUGGGAACAUCAUUUUAUUGGCAAAGCCUUAAAAGGUUGUGAUGUUAAAAUUCCCAGUGAUAUUAUUGCAGGCUGAACAUUCAUAUUUUCAAAUAAAACAUAUGUGUACAUAGUACAUAUAGAUUUUAGACAAAAAAAAUUAUCACAUUAAUGGUAAAAAGUA